AUGAGUUCACAAUAAAAGUUCUUUGUCGUGAGGAUCAAGUGCUACGAGUUAAGUCCUCUUUAAAAUGUGGGCGAGAUAAAUUCACAGGUAGUUGUAAAGGAGCAGGCGGAUAGCAAAUGUAAGAAUUGUGACCUAUUCGUAAGGGAACGAAAAGGGCAAAACAGAGAUUUAAUUAAAUCAGAAAAACCCUUAAUUCAGCACUUCGGUUCAAUUGAAUUAUUAAUUCGAAAUAUCCUAUAAGGUUCUGUUUGAGGUUUUUCACUGUCACGAGGGGAAGAAACAUGUAAAUAUUUAAAAAUAUACUAGUUAAUUGGGUUCACCGAAAUGAACAUUUAAACCUUGUUGGCAGCCAAGGAUCAGAUCUAUAAUACGGAUAUCUGCAAUAAAAAUAAGAAAGUGGGCAGAAUAGUAAUAAUUGGGGAGUAUUAGAAAUAUAAAAAUGAUAUGGUCGAAUUGAUACUAUGUAAUUCUAAUCUAUUACCCUUAGCUGCUGACUCAUUGAGCAGGAAGUGUUGCAUCUUCAGCAUGCAACCCUCCCAACCCUAUAUUAAAAUCUCGAGAACCUUCCAAGACACAAAUGAGUCCAAUUUGGUGUAUCAAUCAGAACCCAUCAAUUUCCCUAACAGGAGAACUUGGUAUAAAUUUAAUAGAAUGAACUAGGCCUGAAAUCAAAAAGAUGGCAAGAGACAUUUGCAACAACGAUAGUGAUGCUGUGUUGCAAAUUGAAAUAUUUGACAAGGGAAGAAGCAAUGAUAUUUAUAUCGGAUCUGUCAACCUAUCAAUAUCUCAAAUGUUGGACAAGAAGGGUCAGAGAAAUUUAUAGCAUAGGGGUAACUAAAGCAUAACAGGACAGUUAAGCAUUUAAAAAUGUCUCUUUAGAGAAAUACCUACUUUCGAAUAAUAUUUACAGGAAGGUUUGUAAUUGAAUCUAAUGAUUUCAAUUGAUUUUACUGACUCCAACUUGGAACCCACAAAUCCUCAGAGUCUGCAUUAUUUUGAUGUAACCAACAGAAGGCUUAGUCAAUAUGAACAAGCUUUAAGAAAUGUCUCAGAGAUUUUGAUUCAAUACGACCACGACAAACGAGUUCCUUUGUUUGGUUUCGGGUUUGAGAUGGACGGAAAAGCCCAUCAUUGUUAUCCAUUGAACCAUAACUUAGAAGACCCGGAGUAAGUUAUAAAACUAUGUAAUAGAGUGGUGAAUAUACUGGGAUUAUUUCAAACGUACAGGAAUUUCGUAGGAACAGUUAAGUUCUCUGGACCCACGCUAUUUAGACCAACAAUUAAGGAAGCAAUGAAGGCAGCAAAAGGAUUUAAAGAUGCAGGCAGUGAGAAAUACGUAGUGUUGGCUAUAUUAACAGAUGGAAUCAUCAGUGAUUUUGAUGGUGCCUUUGAGUUGAUAGUGGAUUGUUGUGAAUUGCCAAUUUCGAUCGUUAUUAUUGGAAUUGGAGAUGCUGAUUUCACAUUAAUGGAAAGAUUGAACAACAAUGAUCUGAAUGAGGUUGAUUCAUAAGGCAGAAAGGCAACUCGGGAUUUAGUUAAAUUUGUAAUUUUCAACAAUUACAAAAACGAAUAAAAGAAGUUCGCUUAGGAAGUGCUCUCUGAAUUACCAGAUUAGGUCGUAAACUACAUGUCAACGAUUGGCAAAAUGCCUGGGAGUCGAGAAUAGAGGAAUCAGCCAUUCAUUGCUUAGAACUAACAAUUCGAUUAAUAUUAUCAACCCAAAGGCAUACAGAGGUAGAAUACUUUGAAACGCCUUUUGGGAGAGGCUGAUGAAGAGUAUCAACCAGAUGAAAGGACCAUCUAAACUCAGAAUUAGUAAUAAUUUAUACAACAACCCUUUUUAUAUCAAUAAUAAGAUUAAGGGUAGGGACAAUAGUUAUUUGGCUAGAAUCUAUACCAUCAAAUUUAUAACAAUGUGCAGAAUCCCUUGAUAGAACAAGAACAACCUCUCACUUAAAAGAAUUAGUCCCAAAAUCUAAUUAAUUCAAAUUUCAACCCCGUCCCUCAAAUCCAAAAUACAUAUCUAAAUGGACUUAUGUCUCAGAGUAAUUAUUUCUGUAAUUUAAGAAAACUAUAUACAACCUACCCAAACGGUGUCUCACAUAAAUUAAAAUGCUGAAUUCAUUAAUCACAAUUCAGAAGGCUCCUUCCCUCUUUUGGGAAAUGAUGAUAAGUAGCAACUUGCUUAAAGAGACGAAGAUAGGGCCCAAAGUAACUAAAAUAGAAACCAAAGUAAUUGAGAUUGAAG